CAACUAUUCGUGUACCCCAGCGGCAAGCGACGUCAAGCACCAAGUAUGGCCAACGAGUCUCAAUGGCUGACGGACGCACCCGUAGUCGAGGUUGGCGGCCAGCGUCAGUGGGUGCUGGCGUGGUGGACACAGCUGCUGUACGCGCUCCUCUUCGGCUCCGUGGUGGCCGUAGCGGUGCUGGGCAACGCGCUGGUCGUGUGGGUCGUGUUGGCGCACCGCAGCAUGCGUACCACGACCAACUGCUUCCUGGUAAACCUGUCGCUGGCGGACGCCAUGACGGCCACCUUCAACGCCGUAUUCAACUUGGUGUACAUGCUGGAGAGCCAUUGGGCUUUCGGGCUUCUCUAUUGCAUCUUUAGCAACUUCCUGGCCAAUCUGACACUCGCUUCAUCGGCCUUCACCAUAACCGCCAUGAGCAUCGACAGGUACUUCGCCAUCGUGCGGCCUUUAUGCGGACGUCCCCGGCGUCGCCGAGCCGUGGUAACGUUGUGCGCCGUGUGGUCUGGCUCGGCUUUGCUGUCGCUGCCCACGCUGCUCUACUCUCGCACUCGGUCUUACCGCUACGGAGACCAUAGCGUGCGCACCGUCUGCUUGCUGGUGUGGCCGGACGGUCUCCUGCACGGAUCUUUCGCCGACUAUGUGUACAACAUCCUCUUCUUGGCCCUGACUUACGCCGUUCCAGUUUUUACAAUGGUCGUUACUUACUCACGGAUGAGCUGGGUUCUUUGGGGAAGCCGCUGCAUAGGGGAGUUCACCGAACAUCAGCAGAUAGCUUUGCGGAACAAGCAAAAGGUGGUGAAGAUGUUGCUGACCGUGGUCAUCUUGUUCACGGUAUCAUGGCUCCCGUACCACGCGUACUUCAUCUACCUGUUUCAUCACCCGGGCGCCGCCUACGCGGAUUGCAUUCAGCACGUCUACCUGGCCAUGUACUGGCUUGCCAUGGCCCAUACCACGUACAACCCGAUCGUCUACUAUUGCAUGAAUCAGAGGUUCAAGCGGUACUUCAGGCGCUUCCUUUGCUGUUGCAUGCGUUCACUGGAGCCCGGGGACGAGCGCCAGUACAGCCUCGCCCACAGCCGGUUCAGCGUCGCCAGUAGGACUCGAAGCCUCCACCUGAAUUCCAAGGAGAAGGCACGGGACGAGAACACUGUGAACCACGUGCGCAUCUCCCGCAGCGUGCCAUUAUCGAGUACCACAACAGAACAAACUCGUGUCCACAUGUAAUUGAAAACAGGGAAUCGAGGUGCUGAAAAACAGACUCGAACCCGACAGAAUAUUGAACCAUAA